AUGUCCCCUAACGAGCUGUGGACAGACUGCAGCCUGCAGAGUGACCCGGGACCUCCUCCUCACUGCACCACACUGCACACUGACCCGGGACCUCCUCCUCACUGCACCACACUGCACACUGACCCGGGACCUCCUCCUCACUGCACCACACUGCACACUGACCCGGGACCUCCUCCUCACUGCACCACACUGCACACUGACCCGGGACCUCCUCCUCACUGCACCACACUGCACACUGACCCGGGACCUCCUCCUCACUGCACCACACUGCACACUGACCCGGGACCUCCUCCUCACUGCACCACACUGCACACUGACCCGGGACCUCCUCCUCACUGCACCACACUGCACACUGACCCGGGACCUCCUCCUCACUGCACCACACUGCACACUGACCCGGGACCUCCUCCUCACUGCACCACACUGCACACUGACCCGGGACCUCCUCCUCACUGCACCACACUGCACACUGACCCGGGACCUCCUCCUCACUGCACCACACUGCACACUGACCUGGGACCUCCUCCUCACUGCACCACACUGCACACUGACCCGGGACCUCCUCCUCACUGCACCACACUGCACACUGACCCGGGACCUCCUCCUCACUGCACCACACUGCACACUGACCCGGGACCUCCUCCUCACUGCACCACACUGCACACUGACCCGGGACCUCCUCCUCACUGCACCACACUGCACACUGACCUGGGACCUCCUCCUCACUGCACCACACUGCACACUGACCCGGGACCUCCUCCUCACUGCACCACACUGCACACUGACCCGGGACCUCCUCCUCACUGCACCACACUGCACACUGACCCGGGACCUCCUCCUCACUGCACCACACUGCACACUGAUCCGGGACCUCCUCCUCACUGCACCACACUGCACACUGACCCGGGACCUCCUCCUCACUGCACCACACUGCACACUGACCCGGGACCUCCUCCUCACUGCACCACACUGCACACUGACCCGGGACCUCCUCCUCACUGCACCACACUGCACACUGACCCGGGACCUCCUCCUCACUGCACCACACUGCACACUGACCCGGGACCUCCUCCUCACUGCACCACACUGCACACUGACCCGGGACCUCCUCCUCACUGCACCACACUGCACACUGACCCGGGACCUCCUCCUCACUGCACCACACUGCACACUGACCCGGGACCUCCUCCUCACUGCACCACACUGCACACUGACCCGGGACCUCCUCCUCACUGCACCACACUGCACACUGACCCGGGACCUCCUCCUCACUGCACCACACUGCACACUGACCCGGGACCUCCUCCUCACUGCACCACACUGCACACUGACCCGGGACCUCCUCCUCACUGCACCACACUGCACACUGACCCGGGACCUCCUCCUCACUGCACCACACUGCACACUGACCCGGGACCUCCUCCUCACUGCACCACACUGCACACUGACCGGGACCUCCUCCUCACUGGACCCCUCCUCACUGCACCACACUGCACACUGACCGGGACCUCCUCCUCACUGCACCACACUGGCACACUGACCGGGACCUCCUCCUCACUGCACCACACUGCACACUGA